GCCAACCUGGCAACGCAGCUGCACUUCCUCUGCGGCGCAUGCACCAAGACGGUGCCAGCGGCAUGCGGCCUGUGCACGCUCACUCGCGUACCUGGCCAACCUUCCUGAUGCCGACUUACCCGGGCCAGCAGUUCGGCGAGUGGGCCAUGGCCGCCGGGCAUUGCCUUGCUACCCUAUGUGACACCGCGCCGCGGAGCACGGCGCGCUGGGGCCAGCCCGUGAGGUGCAUUUGGGUCUCGGCCGCUUCCUUGGCCAAGCAGGGUCGGGACAGCCGCGAAGGCGCCGGGCGGCCAGAAGUCAACAUGUGGGGCACACUGGCGGACCGAGUCACCGAGCGGAUGAGGAUCGCCGCCCGAAGCGGCAUACUUCCGAGGCUCACGUCUGCGAGGCGAUCAAUAAGACGUGCCAGGACAUCCUCACCGCGCCAACAUAUCACCUUCGAGAACAGCAGGGCCCGUCGCUGCGCUGAGGCGCCCACCGCCACCACCACCGCGAGCGUCCUAGACAGCUGCGAUAACCAGGGCGCCUGGCAGGACACCGUCGACUCCGCACGCGUGCGAGCUGAGGCGGGCGCCAAGAAGGCGCGGCAGGCGACCGAGGCCCCGGUGCGCCACUGGAACGAGCAAGCCCUGCAGGGCCCCGCGGGCGAGAGGCACAGGCACCUCUGCACCUGCGAGGACCUGGACAAGGCGCCAAGGCAUUUCAAGAAGAAGGCGGGCCGAGGUUGCGACCAGUGGAGGCCUGCCGAGAUCCUGGCCCCCCCGUCACCAGCGCGCCAGGACUUGGUUGACAUCGCCAACGAGCGCGAGAAGAGGCUGGCCUGGCCGCGCCAAUGCUACCACGUCUGGCACCAACUGCUGAGGACUAACGACAGCGCGGCAGCAGGGGAAGAGAGACCCAUUGGCCUCUUCUCCAUGGUGGUCAGAAUCUGCAGCCGCCUCGCCAAGACAGAGGUCGGCCAGUGGUGCGACGACAAGGCCGCUGCCCAUGGACUCUCUGCUGAAGUCUGGGCCAGUCUCUUCCUGAAUCUGGAGAAGUUCUACGACUGCACCAGUCUAGCUAAGCUGACCCACAUGGCCGUAGCCUUGGAGUACCCUCCAGGAGGUGCUUGCGGACCGCCUGUGGCGCUGCGCAACAGCAUCGUGGCAGGCUGCACCUAUGCCAACAUCUCGGCUCGCAUGAUGCUGUGCGGCAUCUUGGAACAUGCCCACCAGCAGGCCCCUGAGGCGCGGCCCCGACAGCACGUGGGCGACGUCCAGAUCCGAUCGGAGGGCCACGCCAGCAUCGUGGCACACCAAUUGGCUACCAGCACCGAGGAGAUCCUCACCCGCUGCGAGAACGACCAGCUGCCAAUAUCCAGCAAGUCGGCCCUCCUGUCCACGCCGGACGCCGCGGGGGACGCGGUUGGCCAGGUGGUUCCGGACCACGGGCUUGCCAUGACCCAGGCCGCCGCCACGAAGGAUUUGGGCUGCGACGCGGCCAUAGGGAAGCGCAGCUGGGAGGUCACACUGCACAAGCGCACCGCCCUGGCCAGGAAGCGCAUGCGCCGAGGCGGCCCGUUCAUGCGCGCGGCCCGCUGGAGACGGGGAGCAGCCAGCCUAUAUCGCACCUGCAUCAGGGCCAAGCAGCAGCAAGAUCUGGCAGCCGUAGGGAUGGCGUCCCACGAGAUCCAGAGCACCCGAGCGGAGGCAGCGGACAUGGCGGGCAUCACAGCGGGGCACCGUUGCACCGCGACCGUCCUCCAGGUCACCCGCGGCGAUAAGGAACCUCGGGCGGCCAACGUCAUCCGGCAGGUCUGCGAGUGGGUCAAGAUGUGGCGAGGCAACACCGACUUGCACAACCAUCUCAGCGGGGGCAAGCGCGCCGUAAAUGAGCAUUUGAGAAAG